AUGAACGGCAUCGACAUCCUUUGCGAUGCCGCCGGCUCUGACAUGCUUAACCCACUCUACUCCCCGCCGGACCUCCCGAAAGAGCCCGCCCAACCUCCACCUCAACACCUCGGGAAGCGCAAGCUGAGCACCUCCGAAGCCUCACCAUCCGCGACACACGUCUGCCACAUAUGCAGGAGAGUCUACGAGCGAGCCGACCAUCUGACACGGCACCUGCGUUCCCACGAGAACGCCCGCCCCUACCAAUGCUCCCGAUGUCCCAAACGCUUCAACCGGGCUGACCUCCUCACCCGCCACGAGACCACUCACGACCGCGACAACACAGGCAAGGGCAGGACCUUCAUACGGAGAAGCGACCGCGCCGCCGAGGCAUGCCUGAACUGUGCCGCUUCCAAGUCGAAAUGCGAGGACGCCAAGCCGUGCUCUCGCUGUCGCUCCAAGAACCUGCCAUGCGAAGUUCCCUCGAAGCGCACACAUCCGAACCGAUCAUCCAUCGACGGCAUCUCAACGCCCUCUGAAACAUCUACGAUGCAUCAGAGCCUCGACAUGAACGGCGGCAUGGGCUCCGGCUCGACGUACGCCGGCUCCAAGAUGGCACUCAUGCCCCCGCAUCCCGACAUGACCCACGAAAUAGAUGCAUCCUCGUUCAUGGGUGAUGGCUUUCCGAACCCCGUCAUCGACCUGAUCAUGGACGACAUCAGCAACUUCAACCCGGUACACAACUACUUCCAGGACAUGGACUUUUCCUCGUGGGACCUAAACUUCGACGCCAUAACCAUUCCGCAACCCGAGAUGAACCAGACUCCCGAGUCCACCACGACGAGCCGGUCAAAGUCGAAUACGCGGAACGCUUCGAAGGCACACGCCGCCUUCAAACGGUCGCCCUGGCUGUGGGAGCCAGGCCCGCAGGACUACGCUCUUCAGUACGCGUCUCCUCAAGACAAGGAGCGGCUCACCCUGGACGACGGCACCUUUACGAACUCCCCUGCUUUUGACAAACUUAUCAGUACUCCGGGGACCAAGCUCAAAAUGACCCCUUCGUCGAGAGACAGCAUCCUGGCCAUGGUGGUGGCUAGCACGGUGCAAAAGGGCGCACGUCCACGCACCCCGUCCUUCCCGUCUUUGGAUCUCCUGAACUACCUCGUUCAGGCUCACUUUAUUCAUGACGAGCACCAGAGCGAUAGCUGGAUUCAUCUGGCGACUUUUGAUGCCACAAAGGCGAUACCUGAGCUGGUCGCCGGCAUCCUGUCGAGUGGUGCGACGUACAUUUCCAUCCCGGCGGUCUGGCAGUUCGGAUUCUCACUCCACGAAGUUCUGCGACUCGGGCUGGCGGAUUUGUUCGAAGGUUCGAAUACCUUCACAAGAGACCUCGAAGCGCUCCAGGCCUUCAUGCUCAAUCUGGACAUAGGUAUCUGGAGCGGGUUCAAGAGGAAAAUGGAGAUAGCAGAAAGCUUCUUGCAACCUCCCAUGACCAUGCUCAGGCGCGCAGGGAACUUCUCGGCCCCACCAGACUCACCAGCAAUGAUUCCGACGCUCGCAGACCCUCCCGACGUGCUGGACUCCAAGUGGCGCAAGUUUGCCAAACGCGAAUCCUACAAACGGCUUGUUCUGCACAUCUUCUUCCACGACAUACAAACAUCCAUUGGGUUUUGCAAGAAUCCGUUGAUGUCGUACACCGAGCUCAAUUUCAGCCUUCCGGCCUCCCGUGAUCUGUGGCGAGCCCGAUCUGCGGAGCAAUGGAGAAGCCUGUACCUGGCGAAAAUCAAUGCUGCACCUGACCGCGUUAUCCCUCGGGUGUCGGAGAUCAUGCACUGCACCGAAAUUCUUGACGAGUUUGAGCAGCUGGUCGACACGGAACUCUGCUACAUGGCCCUCCUGCAUGGAUACUGGGGCCAGAUAUCGGCAUAUCGCGAGGCAAUCAAAUUCUACGCGGACGGGAUCUCGAACAGGAGAAACGCAACCCACCGCCUCUGGCUCAAAACACAGUAUCAAGAGCUGUACCGUGAUCUCAAUGACUUUUCGACCAUGAUUCUCACAUCCAAACGACCGACGGCGCAGCUUGCUGUUAUGUCGGAGGUGCUCAUGAUGCUCCUCCACGUCUCCUCUGACGUCCUGCACACAUUUGCGGGCAAGGCGGGCGAAGACGAGGCUCGCAGGGUUUCCAGCAGCCUGGAAGAAAGCUGGGUGAAAACAUCCGAAGCCCGCUACGCCAUCUGGCAUGCUGGCCAGAUCAUUCACCACGCGCGACAGCUCCCGCCUGCCUCUCUGCGCGAGUUCAACGCCAUCGCAGUAUACUAUGCCUCUCUCACUCUCUGGGCAUACGGAUUGCUCUCCUGCUCGUCACCCAGACAAGGCUCGGAUCAGGAGACGGGCAACGGCACUGGUGGCAAGCCCAAUUCUGCAUACAUCCUCAUGGACUCGGAAGAGAACCGCGAGACGAGGGCGUUCUUGCAGCUCGACCGCGGCUUGCCUGGCCUGACACUCAACGGGAACCCGGCCGAUGGCGUUGAGUCGCUGUCGAAUCCGAGCGUGGCGCUGUCCGUUGCGAGGGACAUCUUGCGGCACAACUUCCCUGUUGUCUCGGAGCCGCUGCCGCCCCUAGUUGAGAGCCUGAGGAGUCUUCUACAAGACUUGGGCUCUGGGGCGGCGGGGAGGCCGUCUCGGGCGGCGAGCGAAGACUACUCCCAUACCUGA